CACUCUCCGGACACCGAAGUCCAAAUCCCGGAUGUAGACCGCUUACAAAUAGCUGAGGCCUAGAUCAUUGGACCAAACUCGUGCGGGGCAUUUUUCUAGUUUGUGAUUUUUCAUGCUGAAACUGAAGAUAAAGCGUCCCGUCCGUCUCUUUUACUCAUAUUCAUGUGGAUUGUUAUCAAACAGACAAGCUGGGCAACCAGUAACACCAGACUCGUGCAUUUCGCUAAUCAAAAACUCCAAUUUUCUUCUUACCCUCAAAACCAUACACGCUUCAAUGCUCCGAUCACAUCUUCACUUGAACAUCUUCUUCUUCACGAGCCUUAUAAACCAAUACACCUUACUUGGCUCCAUUUCUUACGCUUACUCUCUCUUCUCUAUCGCCAACUCCAUUGAUAUUUUCCUCUGGAAUGUCAUCAUUCGUGGACUUGUUGAUCAUGCUCACUACCGUGAAUGUCUUCUUCUAUAUCGCCGGAUGAUAAAACUGGGCAUUAAACCCAAUAAUUAUACAUUCCCAUUUGUUAUCAAGGCCUGUGGGUGUCUUUCUGACCUUGGAUUUGGCAAACAGGUUCAUCGUGAUGUUGUGGCUUAUGGGUUUGAGUUGGAUUCCUUUACUGCGAGCUCACUUAUUGCUAUGUAUGGAAAAUGUGGGACCUUUGAACUUCCGCGAAAACUGUUUGAUAAAAUGCCUGAGAGAACUGUUAUUUGCUGGAAUGCAAUGAUUGGCGCUUGUUUUUCUAACCAACGUUAUGAUGAUGGAGAGAUUUUGUUUUGGAGGAUGUUGGAUGAGGGAUUCAGACCUGGUAGGGCUGCAAUUUUGAAUGUGAUGGGCUGUGUUCGUAGAGAAAUCGAUGCUGAUAAGAUUUGUAGAGUUGCGGUGGAUAAUGGAUUUGAUUUGGAUCAGCUUGUCCAAAAUGCAGCAAUGGGAAUGUAUUCCAAAUGUGGAAGAGUUGAUUUAGCAAGAGGUAUAUUUGAUGGGAUUUCUGAUAAGGAUAUAGUGACAUGGUCUAAUAUGAUUGAAGCAUAUUCACAAGCUGAUUUGCCUCUUCAAUCUCUUGCCCUGUUUAAACAUAUGAUGCUGCAAAAUAUUGUCCCUGAUUCUGUUACCCUUCUCAGUGUGAUCCGAGCUUGUACUAUUCUAGCAUCUUUACGGCGUGCACAUGCCGCUCAUAAUAUGGUUAUUGUAACUGGUGGGUUCUUCAACAAUCAAAUAACAGUGGAAACUGCUGCAAUUGAUCUUUAUGUGAAAUGUGGAAGCUUAACUUAUGCUAGAAAAGUUUUUGAUAGGAUGCAGGAAAGAAAUGUGAUCUCAUGGAGCACCAUCAUUUCAGGGUAUGGGAUGCAUGGUCAUGGAAGAGAAGCAUAUAACCUCUUUAAUGAAAUGAAAGCUUCUAUAAAACCGGAUCAUAUAGCAUUUGUAUCAAUAUUGUCAGCUUGCAGUCAUUCUGGAUUAAUUGCUGAAGGAUGGGAGUGUUUCAAAUCCAUGACUCCUGAAUUUGGGGUAAUUCCAAGAACCGAACACUAUGCAUGUAUGGUUGAUCUUUUAGGCAGAGCUGGUAAGCUAUCUGAAGCUCUUGAUUUUAUCAAUAGAAUGCCAAUAAGCCCAGAUACUGGCGUUUGGGGGUCUUUGCUGGGAGCUAGCAGGAUACAUUCGAAUGUAGAAAUGGCUGAGAUGGCGGCAGAGGCUUUAUUUAAAUUGGAUAAAUGGAAUGCUGGCAGAUAUGUGCUCUUGUCCAACAUAUAUUUAUCACGCGGCAAAACACAGGAUGCUGAUAGGAUCAGAGCUUUAAUGAAGAAUAGAGGAGCAAGAAAAAUUUCAGGCCACACAACUAUAGAGAUGAAAGACAAGGUUUACACAUUUGUGGCUGGGGAUAGGUCACACCCACAAACAGAUUUAAUUUACUCAGAGUUGGAAAGAGUAAUGGACAGGAUUCGACAAGAAGGGUACACUCCAGAUAUCAACUUUGUGUUGCAUGAUGUUGAGGAAGAGACGAAGGAGAAAAUGUUGUAUGCACAUAGUGAAAAGUUAGCUAUUGUUUUUGGGCUCCUGAAUUCAAAGCCAAAUAGUGUUAUUAGAAUAACGAAAAAUCUUAGAAUUUGCGGGGAUUGCCACACUGCUACUAAGUUUAUUACCAAAGUCACAAGAAGAGAAAUUAUAGUGAGAGAUGCUCGCAGAUUCCACCAUUUCAAAGAUGGAACAUGCACAUGUGGAGAUUAUUGGUGAAUAAGUUUUAC